AUGUUCCAUUCAAGACGUCUUUAUACUAGACGACGUCUGGGACUCAUUAUUUUCUUUGUGGUAUUUUUGGCAUAUCCACUGUAUUUCUAUUCAUCUGCACCUGAGCGUUUAAAUAGACUGAACCUUGAAUCUCCACCCGCACGAAAACCUGUUGUGUUCAUCGCAGCCAACAUAUAUAACAAUGAAGAGAUACUAGAUCACUGGAUUACCCAAGUCAAUCAGCUCAUCAAAUGGCUUGGUGCAUCUAAUGUCUAUCUUUCCAUCUAUGAGAAUGGAAGCCAAGAUCGCACAAAGUCAAUUUUAGAAAAGUACGAUCAGCAUCUGAAUCUUCUGCAGAUCCCUCAUCGAAUCGUGACAAGUACAGUCGAGAAAGAUGAAAAUGCAAGACGUAUAGUUGCCCUGGCUGGCCUUCGUAACUAUUUACUCGAGCCUCUGCUGGAUCAAGAUCCCAAGCCAGAUAAGAUAUUGUUUCUAAAUGACAUCAUCUUUAAGGCAUCAGAUGCAAUUGAAUUGCUAGAGACAUAUGAUGGGGAAUACGACGCAAUGUGUGCGAUGGACUUUUUUGGAGAAUUCUAUGAUACUUUUGCUACGCGCGAGGCAGAUGGAGGCUGGGUUGGGUCGGGUAACUAUCCUUAUUUUUCCCACAAGCCCAGUAGAAAACUACUUUAUGAGGAAAAGCCAAUUCCGGUUUACAGUUGUUGGAAUGGCAUGAUUGCUCUCAAUGCAAAGCCCUUUCUCGAGAACAAGAUUUCUUUUCGUGCCAUUAUCCCCAAGGAACCAGGACCACCUGUGGAGGCAUCUGAAUGUUGCUUAGUACAUACUGAUCUGCGUUCACUAAACUAUACACGCAUAUACAUCAACCCCCGCAUCAAGGUUUCCUACGAUACUUUCCAUUACUGGUACGCUCAUAGUAUCAUUCGACUUCUUCAACCUUUCUAUCGUCUCUUCAAUACCCCAACAAAUACACAGACGCUAGAAGAGCAAUUUGCCUGGAAUAAAGCCGUCGACGAUGCAUAUUCUCAGGGUGUUCGUUCUGAGGAUUAUACAUGCCUUUGGCCCAAGGACUAA